CUUCGUCGUCACCCUGGGCACCCCCAGCCUCCGGAUUCGUGGUCCAGGGCGGCCCACCGGCGCAAGGCACUAUGACUGCGCCGCUGAGGUUUCAAGGGCCGCUGCAGACUGCAACUGCCUGCUUUAUCUCCAUGUCUCCUGCUGGCUAACUUUCGUCACUGACCUGCAGCUUUCACACCGCCCAGGCGCUUCGCCAAACAGCUUGCUUGCUUUCUUGCCGCAGCAUCCGUCCGAUAGACGCACCACACUCGUUUGAUAGAAUUUCGUAGAGCUUUGGGGGGAGACUAUGGAGGCUACUAUCGAAGAGCCCUACUGCGACUCGCCGUCAUCUUCACGAAGCACUACGCCUACCCCCUCAAGCCGGGCCUCAACUGCAAAACCGCUUCCCUCGCUCCCGCACGCCUCUUCGUCACACCCUAUAGAUGCCUAUCGCGAUGACCCCUCCGAUAGCGAAGAUGAGGAACCCGUCAUCGCAUCACCCACACCACAGCGGCAUCACCGCACAUCAGACCUCACGAACCACCAACCUCACAUAUACUUCACGCCGUACACGGACGCCAUCCCCGAAAGUGACGACGAUGUCCCCCUCGCGCACCUAUAUCCGUAUCCGGCGGAUGCACCGCCUUCAUACGCGGCUGCAGUAAGGCAGUCAUUCCGCGAUACGCUGAUACAGCAUAUACCACACAAUUCGGUGUCCACAGAGCCGGAUGAGGAGCUGGGUGCUGAUCGGGCGCAAGCGGAUGAUGUACGAUUUACGGUAGAGCGGGUCGUCGCGGCGAUUAUUGUGAGCAUGCUGCUGCUGAUCAUUGCUGCGCUGCUUGCGUUGGUGGCACUUGGAUAUUUCGUCAAGGACUCGUUUUGAGAACAGGCAGCAAGUGGUUGAGUUUGACGAGCAAUGAAAGGCGGCCAGCGGAGCUUUGUUUACGGACUGCUUAUGAUACCUAGAGAUGCAUUGUAUCGGAGUUUUGGAUACAGGGCUUUGAGAGCCCUUUUUGCAUAUGCACAUCAAGAAUACAUAUCUGUCAUGUUAGUUCUCUGUCUUCGAAGUCCUGGUGAUUUGCUUUCCUUGAGCACUUGUGGCAUAGCUUUGACCGCUAGUAUCCUGUGGAAAGCCUAUGUUCAUGCUUUUCAAGCGCCACAUUUGAGGAUAUUGUUGAUGCCCCCGUUUUGAUAGGCUAUAGUCUCGACGUUCACGUCCGUCGCU